AUGGAGGUCGCCACGCCGGGAAUGUCGAAUGGCGUGUCCACGCCAGAUGCGACAGCUUCGGUGGAUUCCGGUGCGGUCAUUCAGUACCUAACGGAAGUGCUCCAGGUGACAUUGGGCGCUCUGAAAUCCGAGCUGGAGAGCGCCGGGAGCUUGCUCUCGGAUGCUAGAUAUCAUGAGACUGCGCAAAGAUGCUUGCGUUUUGCCUCGGAGUCGCAAGUUGCGCUCUACGUGCAGAAAGAUAUUUCGGCCGCAGAGGAAACAAAUGGCGACGCUGAAGGUGCAGAGUCGAUUGUACAGUAUUCCUACAGCCUCUCCUCGGAGAUCUCCUCCGCCUCGACUACUGUCGCGUCAGUAGCCUUUAUCAAACGUCCCGCUCCGAUCGAUCCUGGUCUCCCUAUCGCCUCGCAGAUUCAGGUGAUGAACCUGCCCGGUGUUGCGUCCUUGAACAAUGCCCAAACGCAGCAGGGAAACGCCAUGUCGCCGUAUCAGAUCUUGCAUCUGCUGCUCCACCACGGAUUGAGUCCCUACUUCGAAGCCUACACCCGUAAUCAGGAAGCGGCCGCUGGCGCAAAAUCGAGAACGGACACCGAGGCAAAGACUGGUAUUCCCGGGACAAAGAAGAAGUUUGCGGAGCUGGAGCUGGGUCUGAUGCACCUGCAGCAGAAUGUGGAAAUUCCUGCGUUGAACCUUCCCCUCCAUGAGGUGGUGCUGGCCGCUCUCAAGGAAGCUGAGGCUAGAGGCAUCAAACCGACUGUGGAACUGAUCCCCUCGGCAGUCUUGGAUAGCAGUGCGUUCACAAACAGCAUUCAGAACACCGUCAAUGGAUGGAUUCGCUCAAUUCAAACCAUCACGAAGAUGUCUCGAGACCCAGACAGUGAUUCGGCCUCCCCAGAGGUGAACUUCUGGUUGUCCAUGGAGACUGCGUUGGAGGGUAUCGAGAACCAGCUGGCCAGCGAUGGAGUUCGACUGACGAUGGACAUUCUCCGCCACGCGAAGCGAUACCAGCCGACCCUGAGUUUUGUGGCGGAUACUGGGCUGAAAGAUGCCACCGAGUUGGUCCAGAAGUACAAUCAACUAAUGCGUGACUUUCCACUGGAUGAGCUCCUCUCUGCCACCUCUCUGCAGAAAGUGCAAGAGUCUUUGGGUCUGAUCUUCAACCAUCUGAACAAGAAACUGAAGAUCUGUCCGUAUCCUAUCAAGCGUGCCCUUUCCCUCGUCGAAGCUAUCUCUGGUGACCUGGAUAAGAAGAUUCAUGAUCUCAUCCAGGGUCGUGAGAUCCUCCACCUGGACUACCGAGAGUUCCGGUCUUUGAUGAAAAUUACCCAGGCAAUUUGGCGCUCCUGGGACGAGAACUUGAAGGAGUUCACUAAUGUAGCCCGCGAGUCGACAAGACGCCGAAACGAGAAGUUUAUCCCCAUCAAGAUCAAUGCUCGACACGACAAAACCCGCGAACGGUUGAAGUAUAUUGAUACAUUCCGUGUCAACCACGAGCAGCUUCAGAAGACCAUCAUCAAUGUUCUUGGCCCCAAGAACGCCUCCCCAACAGAGACCAGCGCUGGCGUUGACUCUGAGGAGACCGUUAUCGUGGAGGAAAUCGGCGAUGUCGAUGCUGUCGAAGAAGUCACGCACGCCUACGCUGCUUUGAAGAAUGUGGACGUGCUGGAUGUCUCUCCUGAAGGAUCACGCAUCUGGGAGCAGGCCGAGAUUGGCUAUAGCGAGCGUACCUCUCGGGUUGAAAACUCCAUCAUUGCUCGCCUGCGUGAUCGCUUGGCUACCGCUAAAAAUGCCAACGAGAUGUUCCGUGUCUUCUCCAAGUUCAACGCUUUGCUCGUCCGCCCCAAAAUUCGCGGUGCCAUUGGCGAGUACCAGACACAGCUGAUCGACAACGUCAAGCGCGAUAUUUCUGCGCUUCAUGAGCGCUUCAAGCAGCAGUAUGGCCAUUCCGAGGCCCAUGCUAUGGCCCAGUUGCGCGAUCUUCCUCCCGUCUCCGGUGCCAUCAUUUGGGCCCGGCAGAUUGAGCGGCAGCUCGAUGGCUACAUGCGCAAGGUGGAAAAUGUUCUUGGCGAGGACUGGCAUCUUCACUCCGAGGGCCAAAAGCUGCAAGCGGAGGGCAACCUCUUCCGUAAGAAGCUUGACACCCGUCCUGUCUUCGAGUCUUGGCUCUAUGAUGUGCAAAGGCGGCAUAUCACCAUCUCCGGACGACUGUUCAAUAUUGUGCGCAACCGCGCCGCCGGAAACAAGCUGGAGCUUACGGUCAACUUCGAUGCCCAAAUCAUCGCAUUGUUCAAGGAGGUGCGCAACCUUAUUUGGUUGAACUUCCAAGUUCCUCAUGCUGUCAGCAACAUUUCGAAGGAGGCAAAGCGUGUUUACCCGUAUGCCAUUAGUCUGAUGGAAAGUGUCCGAACACUGCUCCAGACGAACCGUACCAUUGCCUCCAUGUCUGAUGUUGCCAUUCUCCUCAACGGUUAUGUGAAUGAUUCCCAGGCCAUGGUCAACAAGGGAAUCCCACUGAGAUGGGAGUCUUUUGUGCACUCGUACGAGCUCCAUGUUAAGCAGUCAGCUCUUGCUAAUGGUUCUAUCGACACCGCUAUGCCCAAUCGGACGGAGAGCAAGCACGUUCAAUUCGUUCGUGAGUUUGCUGGCUCCGCAUCCGUCCUCCAAACGAAGACCGCGGUUCUGUCCUCCAUCAAUGAAAACAUUCAGAAGUCCAUCCAUGAGCUCAAAACUUGUCCAUACGAUGCUGCAGCGUUCAAGCAACGCCUGGACGUUAUCCAAGUCGCAGUGGAUAAGCUCAACCUGGAGAACUACGUGAACCUUGGGUACUGGGUUUCGGAGCUGAACGCAAAGAUCGAGUCCAUUCUCAGCGAAAGGCUUCAUCGCGCUAUUCGCGAGUGGAUCAACACCUUCCAGGAGUCUCGCAACGGACAGAUGACAAUCCUGCCAUCAGGUGAACCUGAUGCUAUGAUUUACAAUCUCUCGUUCCCCGAGCUGUUCCAUGAGAUUUCCAUGAAGAACCAGGUUCUCCAUCUCGAUCCUCCCCUUCAGUUCGCUCGCGCAAGCUGGUUCUCGCAGUUUGACUCCUGGCUGGGAGUCAUCUGCAACCUCGAGAAGAUCAAGGCCUCGCGAUACCAGAUCUCCAUCGAUGUGCAGGCUGUUCGCCAGUCGGAAGCUUGCUUCGCAGACCUUCCUCAACGUUGUACAGAAGAGCUUAACCAGGUCUAUGGAGUUGUUGAGAGUCGACUUAAGGACGUGUCUGAGUAUGUUGACAAGUGGCUUCAAUUCCAGUCGCUUUGGGACUUGCAAUCUGAGCAGGUAUAUGAUAUCCUAGGUGAUGAUCUGUCUCAGUGGUUACAACUUCUCCAAGAGAUCCGCAAGAGCCGUGCGACUUUUGAUACUUCUGAAGUUAGCCGGUCUUUCGGCAACAUCAGAAUCGACUAUGAACAGGUUCAGACCAAGGUGAACGCCAAGUAUGACCAGUGGCAGCACGAAAUUCUCCAGAAAUUCGGAGCCAAGCUCGGUGGUCGUGUUAGGGAGGUUCACUCCGAGAUUGCCUCUGCCCGCCGUGAUCUCGAAGGUCAAACUUUGGAAGCCUCAUCUACCGCACAUGCAGUCUCUUUCAUCACAAUCGUUCAGCAAUGUAAGCGCAAGACUCGCGUCUGGGAACCAGAGGUCGAACUCUUCCGCCAGGGUCAGACUACGCUCUCUCGCCAGCGAUACCCAUUCCCCAAUGACUGGCUCCACGUUGAAAAUGUCGAUGGCGAAUGGACUGCUUUGAACGAGCUGCUUGCCCGCAAGAGCAAGAUUGUUCAGGAUCAAACUGAUGCCCUCCGUGCUAAGAUUACUGCCGAGGAUCGUGUUAUCAGUGACAAGAUUGCGGAAGUCAUUGCUCAGUGGAAUGAUGAAAAGCCGGUUUCUGGUACUAUUCCUCCCGAUGAGGCAUCUCGCACCCUCAGUUCCUUCCAGUCGCGACUUGAAUCCCUCCAGUCUGAGUUUGAAAUGGUCUCCAAGGCUAAGGAAGCCCUCGAUCUUCCCACCAGCUCCGACUCGUCCCUUCCCGCAAUUCUUGAGGAGGUUCAGGACUUUAUGUCCGUUUGGGCAGCACUGUCUACGAUCUGGAAGAGCCUUAAUGACUUGCGUGAGGGUCUGUGGACCAGUGUCCAACCUAGAAAGCUCCGACAGGCUCUAGACGGACUUAUCAAGAUGACCAAAGAAAUGCCCAGCCGAAUGAGGCAAUAUGCUGCGUUUGAACACAUCCAGAAUGUCUUACGACAGCUGCUCAAGGUCAAUUCUCUGUUGUCAGAUAUGAAGUCAGAGGCCGUUAAAGAACGACAUUGGCAGAAGAUCUACAAGUCUCUCAAGCCUGGAAAGCGGUUCUCCCUCGUCUCCCUCACACUUGGUGAUGUAUGGGACCUGCAGCUUGCGACCAGUGAAACGAUUAUCCGCAAUAUCAUUGCUCAAGCCCAAGGUGAGAUGGCGUUGGAAGAGUUCUUGAAGUCUGUUCGUGAGACCUGGCAGAACUACUCGCUGGAUCUGGUCAACUACCAGAACAAGUGCCGCCUCAUUCGUGGGUUCGACGAUCUGUUUGCUAAGUGCAGCGAGAAUUUGAACUCUCUCCAAGCUAUGAGGCACUCUCCGUACUACAAAGAAUUUGAAGAAGAAGCUACCUCCUGGGAAGACAAACUGAACCGGGUGCACGUCUUAUUCGAUGUUUGGAUCGAUGUUCAAAGACAAUGGGUCUACCUGGAGGGUGUCUUCACCGGCAAUGCUGAUAUCAAGCACCUCCUUCCUCUCGAGUCAAGCCGCUUCCAGAAUAUAAAUUCCGAGUUCUUUGCGGUUAUGAAGAAGGUUUACAAAUCUCCAUUUGUCUUGGAUGUCCUUGGAAUCAAUGGGGUCCAGAAAUCUUUGGAACGACUGGCUGAGCUGCUCAACAAGAUCCAGAAGGCGCUGGGUGAAUACCUAGAACGCGAACGCGUGUCAUUUCCUCGCUUCUACUUUGUUGGUGACGAGGAUCUCUUGGAAAUUAUCGGUAACAGCAAUGACAUCUUCCGUGUGGCCAAGCACUUCAAGAAGAUGUUUGCCGGUCUGUCAGGUCUUCUAAUGGAUGAUGACAAUAACAUUGUUGGCUUCACGUCCAAGGAGGGCGAAGAGGUCCGCCUCAAGCGCGAGGUCAACCUUGUCAAGACCCCAAGAAUCAAUGACUGGCUGUCUGCGUUGGAGAACAACAUGAAGUUGACCUUGGCGGAGCUGCUUGGUGAGGCCGUUGAGCAAUUCGAAACCCUCUACCAUGCAACCGAGGUGGACCGCACCGCGUUCAAUGAUUUCCUAGCCAACUACCCGGCCCAAAUUGUCGUCCUCGCUAGUCAAGUCGUUUGGACCAAUGCAGUCCAGAAAUCCCUGGAAGAGGGCGGUGUCAACCUGCCAGCAUUGUAUGAGGCUGAGGUCAGAAUCCUUGAGCUACUAGCCGCUACUGUGCUCGGUGAACUGGAUGCUAUCACCCGCAAGAAGUGCGAACACAUGAUCACCGAAUUCGUGCACCAGCGUGAUGCCAUCUCCAAACUCAUCAAGUUCAACGCCACGACUCCCACCCACUACUUGUGGCUGCUGCAGAUGCGAUAUGUCUACCAGCCAGAUGGUGACUUCCUCCAGCGCCUGUAUGUCCACAUGGCCAAUGCUAAGCUGAACUACGGCUUCGAGUACCUGGGUGUGCCCGAGCGUCUUGUCCGCACCCCCCUUACAGAUCGUUGUUUCCUCACCCUCACCCAAGCCCUCUGUCAGCGACUGGGUGGCUCUCCCUAUGGUCCCGCAGGUACUGGUAAAACUGAGUCGGUCAAAGCUCUUGGUCUGCAGCUCGGUCGUUUCACUCUUGUCUUCUGCUGUGACGAUACAUUCGAUUUCCAGGCUAUGGGCCGUAUCUUCCUUGGUAUUUGUCAAGUCGGUGCUUGGGGUUGCUUUGAUGAGUUUAACCGUUUGGAGGAGAGGAUUUUGUCUGCCGUUUCGCAACAAAUUCAGAACAUUCAAAUUGGUCUGCGAAAGGGCGAGGAGGAUGGCAAGUCGCAGAUUGAGCUGGUUGGACGUCGCCUGGCUGUCAAUUCCAACACCGGUAUCUUUAUCACGAUGAACCCUGGAUACGCCGGUCGUUCCAACUUGCCCGAUAACUUGAAGAAGUUAUUCCGCAGUGUCGCGAUGUCAAAGCCCGACAAGGAGCUCAUUGCAGAAGUUAUGCUGUUCUCCCAGGGUUUCAAGCAAGCGAAGCCCCUAUCUAAGCAGACGGUGCCAUUCUUCGAACAUUGUGCCUCUCAACUGUCCAAACAAGCGCACUACGACUUUGGUCUUCGUGCAUUGAAGAGUGUCCUUGUCAGCUCCGGUGGUCUCAAGCGUGCUCGCCUUGCCAAUUCCGAGCGCGAUUUGGGCCCCGAUGAAAUUAUUGAGCCACAGAUUAUCGUCCAGAGCUUGCGAGAGACCAUCGCUCCUAAGCUCGUGCAAGAAGAUGUUGACCGCAUGCUCGAAAUUCAGCUCCGAGACUUCCCCGGAGUUGAAUACGUGCCCGCCAACUACGAAAAGCUUAUCCAGGCGAUCCGAGAGAUCGCCAAGGAGCAACACUUUGUCGAUAGUGAGAUGUGGAUCGCGAAGGCUUUGCAACUGUACCAGAUUCAGAGCAUCCACCAUGGUGUCAUGAUGGUUGGUAAAUCGGGAUCAGGUAAAUCAGCUGCUUGGAAAAUUCUACUGCAAGCCAUGCAACGCAUUGAAGGCGUCGAAGGCGUCUCGCACAUUAUUGACUCGAAGGUCAUGUCCAAGGAAGCUCUCUAUGGUAACCUUGACAGUACGACCCGUGAAUGGACUGACGGUCUUUUCACCGGUAUUCUGCGAAAAAUUGUCGAUAAUCUUCGUGGAGAGGACAGCAAGCGUCACUGGAUUGUGUUCGAUGGUGACGUCGACCCCGAGUGGGUUGAGAACUUGAACAGUGUUCUGGACGACAAUAAGCUGCUCACACUACCCAAUGGUGAACGUCUCAACCUGCCUCCAAAUGUGCGCAUCAUGUUUGAGGUUGAGACUUUGAAGUACGCCACUUUGGCCACUGUCAGUCGUUGCGGUAUGGUCUGGUUCAAUGCCGAUACUGUCACUCCUUCCAUGAUGAUCAACAACUAUGUGGAAGGACUGAAGACCAAGAUUUUCGAGGACCUCGAUGAUGACAGUGUUCCUGCUGGAACAUCCGCUGCUAAAACCCAGGAUACCCAAGAAAUGCUUUCCACGGUCCUCAAACAGCACCUGGAGACCGACGACCUGGUGCUCAAGGCGCUAGAGGAGGCGAAAAGGUACAACCACAUCAUGGACUUCACUGAUAUUCGUGCCCUCAACACUAUGUUCAGCUUGCUGAACAAGGCAUGCCGUAAUGUCUUGGAGUACAACAUACAACAUGUCGACUUCCCGCUGGACUCGGAGCAAAUUGAGUCCUAUAUCUCCAAGAAGCUUCUGCUCACCCUCGUCUGGUCCUUCACCGGUGACUGUCCUCUUACCGACCGCAAGGCCUUUGGUCAGUACGUCGCUGGAAUGACAACCAUUGACCUUCCGCCGGACGGUGACUCGUCUCUCAUUGACUACGAUGUCACCCUCCCGAAGUCAGAGUGGGCCAGCUGGCAGUCGCAGGUGCCUACAAUCGACAUCAACACCCACUCAAUCACCCAGACGGACGUUAUUAUCCCCACCGUGGAUACCGUACGUCAUGAGGAUGUGUUGUACUCCUGGCUUGCUGAGCACAAACCUCUCCUGCUGUGUGGUCCUCCUGGAUCUGGUAAAACUAUGACGCUGUUUGCUGCGUUGAGGAAACUGCCAAACAUGGAGGUUGUCGGCCUCAACUUCUCUAGUGCUACCACUCCGGAUCUUUUGAUCAAGACUUUCGAGCAGUAUUGUGAAUACAAGAAGACUCUCAAUGGUGUGGUGAUGUCUCCCAACCAGAUUGGUCGUUGGCUCGUCAUAUUCUGCGACGAGAUUAAUUUGCCCGCCCCCGAUCGAUACGGCACCCAGCGAGCCAUCUCCUUCCUGCGCCAGCUUGUGGAACAGAAUGGCUUCUGGCGCACUUCCGACAAGACCUGGGUCAGCCUUGAUCGUAUUCAGUUUGUUGGUGCCUGUAACCCGCCGACUGAUGCAGGCCGUACACCAAUGGGCGACCGAUUCUUGCGCCAUGCUCCUCUCAUCAUGGUUGAUUACCCCGGUGAGAUCUCGCUCAACCAAAUCUACGGCACCUUCAAUUCUGCUGUUCUCAAGAUUCUGCCACUGCUCCGCGGAUAUUCCGAGGCCCUCACAAAGGCCAUGGUGCAGUUCUACCUUGAGUCGCAAGCAAGAUUCACGCCCAAGAUUCAGCCCCACUAUGUCUACUCUCCUCGUGAGCUGACUCGCUGGGUUCGUGGUCUCUACGAAGCGAUCAAACCGCUCGAGUCUUUGCCCAUUGAGGGCCUUGUCCGAAUCUGGGCCCAUGAGGCUCUGCGUCUGUUCCAGGAUCGUUUGGUCGCUGAGGACGAGCGAGCUUGGACUGCGGAUGCUGUUCGCCGCAUUGCCCUGGAGCAUUUCCCGACCAUUGACCAAGAGGAGGCAUUGAAGGGUCCCAUCCUGUUCUCCAACUGGCUGUCCAAGCACUACGUACCCGUGGAGCAGGAGCGUCUGCGCGACUUUGUCAAGGCUCGUCUGAAGACAUUCUGCGAAGAAGAGGUUGAUGUUCCUUUGGUGCUGUUCAACGAUGUCCUCGAGCACGCGCUUCGCAUCGACAGAGUGUUCCGUCAGCCUCAAGGCCAUCUCAUUCUCAUUGGUGUUAGCGGAAGUGGAAAGACGACAUUGUCCCGCUUUGUUGCUUGGAUGAACGGCUUGAAGGUCUUCCAGAUCAAGGUGCACGGGAAAUAUUCGUCGGAAGACUUUGAUGACGAUCUGAGGAGCGUUCUUCGCCGGGCUGGUUGCAAGGGUGAGAAGAUUUGUUUCAUUAUGGAUGAAGCCAACGUUCUUGACUCUGGAUUCUUGGAACGUAUGAACACCUUGCUUGCCAACGCCGAGGUUCCUGGUCUCUUUGAGGGCGAUGAAUUCUCCUCGUUGAUGACUGCCUGUAAAGAAGGAGCCCAGCGCCAAGGCCUUAUUCUGGACUCUCAGGAGGAGCUGUACAAGUGGUUCACACAGCAAAUCGUCAAGAACCUGCAUGUGGUCUUUACAAUGAACCCACCUGAGGAGGGACUGUCUUCCAAGGCCGCCACUAGUCCUGCGUUGUUCAAUCGUUGCGUGCUCAACUGGAUGGGUGACUGGUCCGAUCAAGCCUUGUUCCAGGUUGGCUCCGAACUUACCCAGUCCGUGGACCUUGACAAGCCCAACUUCGUCGCUCCUGACAGUAUACCCGUUGCCUACCGCGAAUUGUCUCUGCCGGCUUCGCACAGAGACACUGUCAUUAACGCAAUGGUGUUCAUCCAUCACUCGUUGCACCGGUUCAACCAGCGCCUGCAAAAACAGCAAGGCCGGUCUACUUUCCUCACUCCUCGCCAUUACCUUGACUUUGUUGCCCAAUAUGUCAAGCUGUUUAAUGAGAAGCGCGAGGAUCUCGAGGAGCAACAGCGUCACUUGAACGUCGGUCUUGAGAAGCUUCGCGACACAGUCGACAAGGUCAGCGAUUUGAGGGCCAGCCUAGCCCAGAAGAAGACACAGCUGGAAAAGAAGGACACGGAGGCCAAUGAGAAGCUGCAGCGCAUGGUUGCCGACCAACAGGAAGCGGAGCAAAGGAAGCAGGUGUCUUUGGAGGUUCAGCAAGCUUUGGAGAAGCAGGAGAAGGAAGUAGCAACGAGAAAGGAGGUCGUCUUGAACGAUUUGGCUCGUGCUGAACCUGCAGUCCUGGAGGCUCAGAAGAGUGUCAGCAACAUCAAGCGCCAACACCUGACUGAGGUUCGUUCCAUGGGUAACCCCCCAGCUAGCGUUCGACUUGCUCUUGAAGCCGUAUGCACACUUCUCGGUCACAAGGUCGAUAGCUGGAAGACAAUUCAGGGUAUCAUCCGCAGGGAAGAUUUCAUUGCCAGCAUCGUCAAUUACGAUAAUGAGCGCCACAUGACCCGCAACCAUCGUGUCAAGAUGCAGAACGAGUUCCUGUCCAAGGAAGACUUCACCUACGAGCGAGUGAACCGUGCCAGUAAGGCAUGUGGUCCCUUGGUUCAAUGGGUUGAGGCUCAAGUCAACUACUCAGCCAUCCUGGACCGCGUCGGACCUUUGCGCGAGGAGGUCGACCAGCUUGAGGAGCAGGCUCUGCAAACUAAAGCAGAGGCACAGGCUAUCGAGAAUACCAUUCAGGGCUUGGAGAGCAGUAUCGCCACCUACAAGGUCGAGUACGCUGCCCUGAUCAGCGAGACUCAGGCAAUCAAGACCGAGAUGUCCCGGGUCCAAUUCAAGGUUGAUCGCAGCGUACGUUUGCUCGACAGUCUGGCCUCUGAGCGUGAGCGUUGGGAAGAGGGCAGCAAAUCGUUCGAGACUCAAAUUAGCACCCUCGUUGGCGAUGUACUUAUCGCUGCUGCUUUCCUUGCCUAUGCUGGUCUUUAUGAUCAGCAGUUCCGUAAAGCGAUGAUCGAUGACUGGGUCCACCAGCUUGCUCAGUCUGGCAUCAGUUUCAAGCCCCACAACCCGAUCACGGAGUAUCUUUCCAAUGCCGACGAGCGUCUCACCUGGCAAGCAAACUCUCUCCCUGUCGACGAUCUCUGCACGGAGAACGCCAUCAUCCUGAAGCGGUUCAACAGAUACCCUCUGAUUGUCGACCCAUCCGGUCACGACUCUUUCGUCAAGCAACUGGAGAGCGCGCUGCGUUUUGGAAACCCUAUUCUUAUCCAGGAUGCAGAACAUUUGGACCCGAUUCUCAACCACGUCCUCAAUAAAGAAUACCAGAAAACUGGCGGUCGCGUUCUUAUCCAGCUCGGCAAGCAAGAGAUUGAUUUCUCCCCAUCGUUCAAGCUGUUCCUUUCGACCAGAGAUCCUUCUGCGCAAUUCCCACCGGAUGUUUGCAGUCGGACCACCUUUGUCAACUUUACGGUCACACAGAGCAGUUUGCAGACGCAGUCGCUCAACGAUGUUCUCAAGUUUGAGCGGCCCGACGUGGAUGAACGUCGCAACAACCUGGUCAAGAUGCAAGGCGAGUUCAAGGUCCAUCUUCGACAGCUUGAGAAGCGCCUGCUACAGGCCCUGAACGAAUCUCGUGGUAACAUUCUUGAUGACGACAAUGUCAUCGAAACGCUCGAGACUCUCAAGAAGGAGGCUGCCGAAAUCUCGAAGAAGAUGUCUGAGACGGAGGGCGUCAUGUCUGAAGUCGAAAGCAUUACUCACCAGUACAGCAGCAUUGCCCGGGCAUGCAGUGCCGUUUUUGCAGUCCUGGAGCAGCUUCACCAUAUCAACCACUUCUACCAGUUCUCGCUUCAGUACUUUGUCGACAUCUUCAAUGCUGUUCUCUACCAGAACAAGCGCCUUGCCCAAGAGAAGGACCACGCGGCUCGUGUGCAGAUCAUCAUUCAGGAUCUGUUUAUUACCACCUAUCAGCGGACCUCGCUGGGUCUCGUACAGAAGGACCGCAUUACAUUGGCGAUUCUUCUUGCCCAGGCUACGCCUUUCCCCAUGGAUAGAGCCAUAUUAGACCGCAUUCUGGAUGAGUCCGUUGAGGAUACUGAUCUCUCGACAGCCUCCGACGCCCGCGAGCAGGUGAUGAGCAAACUCCUCAAUAUCCCGCUCUUCAAGGAGCUCGUUCCCGAAAUCCCUCAAGAUCAGUGGGAUCGCUUCUUCACUGAGGAAAUUGCAGAGAACGCAGUUCCUGUCGUCUGGAAAGAGGAUACCCCCAAACUGGACCAGUUGCUCCGAUCAUUGCUUCUUGUCAAGCUUUGCCGCAUGGAUCGAUUUGUCCCGACUGCCGAGCGCUUCGUUGAGGCCGUGUUUGGCCGGGAACUCUACGAAGGCAGUAGUGAUCUUAAGGACGUGGUCGACCAAGUCACAGCGACAACCCCUAUCGCUCUCAGUUCCAGCCCUGGCUUCGAUGCCAGUUACAAGGUAGAUGCACUGGUUGAGCGCACGCAUGCCACCUGCGCCAACAUUGCCAUGGGUUCAAAUGAAGGUCUCGAAAGCGCAGACAAGGCAAUCAGCAACGCCGCGGCAACAGGUAACUGGGUGCUUGUCAAGAACGUCCAUCUGGCGCCUUCGUGGCUCCAGAGUCUGGAAAAGAGAUUGGAUUCUCUCAAGCCUCACAAGGAGUUCCGGCUCUUCUUGUCUAUGGAAUCCAGCCCCAAGAUCCCGGUCAACCUCAUCCGUGCCUCUCGCGUGUUGAUGUACGAGCAGCCUGCUGGUGUCCGCGCCAACAUGAAGGACUCUCUGUCUUCUUUGACUACUCGUGUCAGCAACGCCCCCGUGGAGAAGGCUCGUGUUUACCUUCUCCUCUGCUUCCUCCACGCUGUGGUCCAAGAACGUCUCCGCUACGCACCAAACCUCGGAUGGAAGGGCUUCUGGGAGUUUAAUGACAGCGACUACGAAUGUUCAGCUAAUAUCAUCGAUCACUGGGUCAACGUAGUGGCCCAAGGCCGUUCCAACGUCGCACCCCAGAAACUGCCCUGGGAGAUGAUCCGCACCCUCAUCACAGAGAUGUACGGUGGCAAGAUUGACGACGCCGGCGACUUCCAGCAACUAGACGGCCUAGUCAACAACUUCCUCACCCCCGCCGCCUUCGAAGACGAGCACAAACUCGUUUCAGGCGUUGAGAACGACGAGCUCCUCACACUGCCUAGCGGCACUAGCAUCCGCGACUUCAUCAGCUGGGUGAACAAUCUCCCCGAGCGCGAGCCGCCCACUUACUUGGGUCUCCCAGCCAAUGCAGAAAAGCUCCUGCUUGUUGGCCAUGGUCGCAAGAUGAUCUCGGACUUGUCUCGUAUCACCACGCUUCUGGAUGAAGGCGAGCAGCUGAUGGUUGACAACUAG